UAGCUGGCACUACAGGUGUGUGCCAUCACACCUGGCUAAUUUUUUUUUUUAUUUGUAGACAGGGUCUUGCUGUAUUGCCCAAGCUGGUCUCAAACUCUGAGCCUCAAGCUAUCCUCCUGCCUUGGCCUCCCAAAGUGCUGGGAACCACUGCGCCUGGCCUAGUUUUUUUAGAGACAGGGUCUCACAGUCUCGCCCAGGCUGGAGUGCAGUAGUGUGAACCUAGCUCAUUGCAGACUUGAACUGCUGGACUCAAGUGAUCCUCCUGCUUCAGCGUAUUGAAUAGCUAGGAUUGUACUUGUAUGGCACCACAUCUGACUCAUUUUAAAAAUUUUUUAUAGAGACAGGAUCUUGCUACAUUGCCCAGGCUGGUCAUGAACUCUUCGCCUCAAGCAGUCCUCUUGCCUCAGCCUUCCAAAGUGCUGGUAUUAUAGUUGUGAGCCACUGUGCCCUGCCAAGUCUCUUUUAAUAUUGAGGUUCUGAUCCCUGUGUGUGGAGAGAUUGAGAAUAGAAUCCGGCACUAUCACCAUAAGUUGAGGGAAUGGCUUUUGUGGAGGUCGUCUCUUGAGUUUUUUCUGCCUCAGUGGGGAUGGCAGGAUGACAGAAAAUAGCUCUGGUCAAGGUUGGCCUAAUUUGUAUUGGCCCCUCAGUCCUCCAGGGAAAGACUUGUAGCCUGGAUGUCAGGCUUUUUUGUGGGUCCAGAGCUCACCUUGUGGAAGGGAAUAGUUGGUGAGAGAUCUUCUAUAUGUUUAUGGACAGAAAAAGUUGGGUUCCUUGUUCCCAGGGAAUGUUCCAGAACUUCCAGCAUUGGUCAGAAGGAGCUGUUUCCAGAUUCAGCUCAAAAGUCAUAUUCUCCAAAAUCUGGAAUAUGGAGACUAAAUGGAGACCUGCAGUCCCCGGAAUGCUUCCAUUUCAUCACCACUAAGCAAGGUACACAUGCUGGUCACUGUGCCUGGGACAGCCUUCCAGAUCUCAUUCCAUAGGAUUCCAGAAAUGGGAAUCCCUCGAUAUAACCCCUGGCCUGGAUUCAGGAUGGUAAGGGACCUGAUGACCUUCGAGGAUGUGGCCGUGUACUUCUCCCAGGAGGAGUGGGGGCUCCUUGACACAGCGCAGAGGGCCCUGUACCGCCACGUGAUGCUGGAAAACUUCACACUUGUGACCUCACUUGGACUCUCCACCUCCCGACCUCGUGUGGUCAUUCAACUUGAGCGUGGCGAGGAGCCCUGGGUUCCCAGUGGAAAGGACAUGACCCUGGCCAGGAACACCUACGGGAGGCUCAACUCUGGUUCCUGGAGUUUGACAGAGGAUGAAGAUGUUUCUGGAGAAUGGCCACGAGCUUUCCCAGAUACCCCACCUCGGAUGACUACUAGCGUCUUCCCCGUUGCCGGUGCCUGCCACAGUGUAAAAAACCUUCAAAGACAGCGGGGUGCCUCCCCAUCUCGGGAGAGAAAACCCACAGGGGUGUCGGUGAUCUACUGGGAGAGGCUCCUGCUAGGCUCAGGCAGUGACCAGGCCAGCGUCAGCCUGCGACUGACCUCCCCACUCAGGCCCCCCAAGAGCAGCCGGCCCAGAGAAAAGACCUUCGCAGAGUACCGGGUGCCUGGGAGGCAGCCCAGGACGCCUGAGCGGCAGAAGCCAUGUGCACAGGAGGUCCCUGGGAGAGCCUUCGGGAAUGCCCGGGACCUGAAGGCCGCUAGUGGUGGCAGGGAUCGCAGAAUGGGUGCAGCUUGGCAGGAGCCUCAUAAACUCCUUGGUGGCCAGGAGCCCUCGACCUGGGACGAGCUGGGCGAGGCUCUUCACGCUGGGGAGAAGUCCUUCGAAUGCAGGGCAUGCAGCAAAGUGUUCGUGAAGAGCUCCGACCUCCUCAAGCACCUACGCACCCACACCGGGGAGCGGCCCUACGAGUGCGCCCAGUGCGGCAAGGCCUUCAGCCAGACGUCGCACUUGACGCAGCACCAGCGCAUCCACAGCGGCGAGACGCCCUACGCGUGCCCCGUGUGCGGCAAGGCCUUCCGGCAUAGCUCCUCACUGGUGCGGCACCAGCGCAUCCACACGGCCGAGAAGUCCUUCCGCUGCUCCGAGUGCGGCAAGGCCUUCAGCCACGGCUCCAACCUCAGCCAGCACCGCAAGAUCCACGCGGGCGGGCGUCCUUAUGCCUGCGCACAGUGUGGCCGCCGCUUCUGCCGCAACUCGCACCUGAUCCAGCAUGAGCGUACGCACACGGGCGAGAAGCCCUUUGUGUGCGCGCUCUGCGGUGCCGCCUUCAGCCAGGGCUCCUCGCUCUUUUUGCACCAGCGCGUGCACACAGGCGAGAAGCCCUUCGCCUGCGCCCAGUGCGGCCGCUCCUUUAGCCGCAGCUCCAACCUCACCCAGCACCAGCUCCUGCACACGGGCGAGCGGCCUUUCCGCUGUGGGGACUGUGGCAAGGCCUUCGCCAAGGGCGCUGUGCUGCUCAGCCACCGGCGCAUUCACACAGGCGAGAAGCCCUUCGUGUGCACGCAGUGUGGUCGCGCCUUCCGUGAGCGCCCGGCCCUCUUACACCACCAGAGGAUGCACACCACAGAGAAGACCAAUGCUGCAGCCAGACUGCACCCCGGGGCCAGGUUUCCUUCAGGGACAUCAUCGGAAGGUGCGCCGGGGAGGGAAGCCAAGCCCAGUCCUGAAGCCAGCGAAGGUCUGAGGUCACAGGUCGCAGCCCCACCCUUUCUUGGCCUUCUGUGAAUCCCUUCCACAGCUAAAGGGUCCGAGUGCUCUUCAGAUCCACGAUGGGGAAAAGCUCUGUGCCUGAGAGUCAGGGACGAGGGAGACCCUUUGGCUGUGGUUCCAUUUGCAGGUGGGGACAGGAUUUGCCAGUUUAGCCAUAGCUCACACCUCCAUCCUCAAAGAGGUAACACUGCAGAACCAUCAGAGGGAGGACAUGUCAGCAUAGGAGGCCGGCAAAGGCAGCACUGCAUGGUGGUGCUACUUCAUGUGUUAUGAGAGUGGAUGCUGAGGUGAGGGGAUGCGGACAUGGGGUAGGGGUGGCCUAGAGAAACUUAUGACGUGCAUACAAACUGGCCGCUAGAUGGACGCUGAGGACAUUUUCCCCCUGAGGCCUCUAUUCAAGGCUUCCUGGGGGCCGUCUCAGCAGACAGGAGACUACAGGGGACUGGGGAUCAGGGUGUGGCCUGUGAGUGUCAGCCUCCUCCUCUGGGAAAAAGAAAAGCUUUGGGUCAACUCAGCAUCAUGUUUGCAGAUGCUGACAGACGGCACCCUAAUGAGAGUCCAUGUGUGCUCACUGCCGGCUCCUGGGCUGCGCUCUGGUCAGCCAGGUGUGAGGGCCUGGCCUGGGGUCACACAGCCCACUCAGGAGAGGGAUGCCCAUGGUUCUCAGCAUUGGAAGGACAAAUCUAGGAUGAUGGCUUUCCAGUGGCACUCGUUCAGGUUUUCGUCCACGUCUCAGCUUGGCCAAGGCCUGUCACUGACUCGUUUACCAAAGUCGAUGUGAGGAGUCGUCUUUACACCUGUGGGUACAGUGAUAGCUUCAGAGCAGAUAAGGUGGAGCUGCUCAUUUCUGCUGGAUUUGGUGUCCACUCCCCCCCCCCACCCCCACCCCAACCCCCUGCGUCUCACCUUUCCCUUGUUAUGCCUCCUCAAUUGGAGGCUGGACAGAGAGCUGAAUAGGAAGGACUUGCCGUUACCUAAGGCCGUGUGUGACACCCUCCUGAGGACCUCCCGACCCCAGUGUGAUGGGCCUGCAGGGCAGAGACAAAAGGGUAGACUGGGGGUCAUUUGCUUCCUGUGGCCUUAAGCCUACUAGGCCCCAUCCCUACCUGAGACCUCACCUCCAAGGAAAUUAAUGGUCUUUUCAAUGGGGCAAAAAAAAAAAAAAGACUAGCAUUUGCAACUUAAAAUAGAUGUAGUUUCCUUUAUAGCCAUGUGGACCUCCACAGCACAGCCUCCUGUCUCUAUUCCAGGGUAAGUUUCAGUUGUUUGUUUGUUUUUGAGACGGAGUCUCAAGGCAAUUCUUCUUGCCCAGGCUGGAGUGCGAUGGCGUGAUCUCGGCUCACCGCAACCUCCGUCUCCCAGGUUCAAGCGAUUCUCUUGCCUCAGCCUCCUGAGUAGCUGGAAUUACAGGCGCCCACCACCAUGCCAGGCUAAUUUUGUAUUUUUAGUGGAGACAGGAUUUCUCCAUGUUGGUCAGGCUGGUCUCGAACUCCCGACCUCAGGUGAUCCUCCCACCUUGGCCUCCCAAAGUGCUGGGAUUACAGGCGUGAGCCACCGUGUUUGUUUUUUGAUGAAGCAUCUCAGUCUGUCACCCAGGCUGGAGUGCGGUGGAGCGACCUCGGCUCUGCCUCUUGGGUUCAAGCCAUUCUUCUUCCUCAGCCCCUCCAGUAGCUGGGAUUACAGGCUUGUGCCACCACACCUGGCUUAUUUUUGUAUUUUUAGUAGAGACGGGGUUUCACCAUGUUGGCCGGGCUGGUCUCAAACUUCUGACCUCAAGUGAUGGGCGCAUCUUGGCCUCCCAAAGUGCUGGGAUUACAGGCGUGGGCCACUGCCCUGCCUACAUACCAUGAUUGUAAAGUUGCAGCUGUUUCCUAUUGCUUGUAACUCAGUCUUGUCUUCUCAAUGGUAACCAAUUUCUGUUUCAAACUGAAAGGUGCAUGAGGGUGAGUUCUUGCAUUAGUCUGUUUUGUGUCACUAUAAAGGAACACCUAAGGCGGGGUAAUUUAUAAAGAAAAGAGGAUUAAUUGGCUCAUGGUUCUGCAAGAUGUACAGCCAUGGCACCAGCAUCUGCAUGGCUUCUGUUGGGACCUCAGGAAGCUUGCAAUCAUGAUGGAACAUGAAGGAAGAGCUGGCAUAUCACAUGGCAAGACAGGAAGCAAGAGAGAGGGGGGGAAGUGUCACACACCUUUUUUUUUUUUUUGAGAAGGAGUCUCACCGUCGUCCAGGCUGGAGUGCAGUGGCACGAUCUCGGCUCAUUGCAACCUCCGCCUCCCAGGUUCACGCCAUUCUCCUGCCUCAGCCUCCCGAGUAGCUGGGACUACAGGCGCCCGCCACCAUGCCCAGCUAAUUUUUAAUAUUUUUAGUCGAGACGGGGUUUCACCGUGUUAGCCAGGAUGGUCUUGAUCUCCUGACCUUGUGAUCCGCCCGCCUUGGCCUCCCAGCAGAGUGCUAGGAUUACAGGCAUGAGCCACCGCGCCUGGCCCACUUUUUUUUUUUUUUUUUUCUGAAAUGGAGUUUCACUCUUGUUGCCCAGGCUGGGGUGCAAUGGCACGAUCUCAGCUCACUGCAACCUCUGCCUCCCGGGUUCAAGUGAUUCUCCUGCCUCAGCCUCCUGAGUAGCUGGGAUUACAGGUGUGCACCACCACGUCAGCUAAUUUUUGUAUAAUAUUUUUAGUAGAGAUAGGGUUUUGCCAUGUUGGCCAGGCUAGUCUCAAAUUCCUGGCCUCAAGUGAUCCACCCGCCUCAGCUUCCCAAAGUGUUGGGAUUACAGGCGUCAGCCACUGCAGCCAGCCAUCACACACUUUUAAACAACCAAAUCUUUCAUGAACUCAGAGCAAGAGCUCACUUCUCACCAAGGGGGAUGGUGGCAAGCUAUUCAUGAGGGAUCUGCCCCCAUACUAUAGUUUGGAUAUUUGUCCCCUCCAAAUCUCAUGUUGAAAUGUAAUCCCCAAUGUUGGAGAUGGGGCUGGUAAGAGGUGUUUUGGUCAUGGGGGUGAAUCGCUCAUGAAUCUCUUGGUGCUGUCCUGAAGAUAGUGAGUUCUCACAAGAUUUGGUUAUUUAAAAGUCUGUGGCACCUCCUUCCUUUCUCUCUCCUGCUCUCACCAGGUGAGAGGCCUCCUCCCCUUUACCUUCUGCCAUGAUUGUAAGCUUCUUGAGAACCUAGCAAGAAGCAGAUUCUGAAGCCAUGCUUGUACAGCCCUCAGAACAGUGAUCCAAUUAAACCUCUUUUCUUUAUAAAUUACACAGCCUCAGGUAUUUCUUUAUAGUAAUGCAGGAAUGGCCUAAUAUACGAUCCAACACCUCCCAGUAAGCCCCAUGUCCAACAUUGGAGAUCACAUUUCAACAUGAGAUUUGGAGGAGACACACAUCCAAACCAUAUUUGAAGGGGUGGGUUGCCCCUCCACACCUGUGGGUGUUUCUCAUUAGGUGGAACGAGAGACUUGGAAAAGAAAAAGACACAAAGUAUAGAGAAAGAAAUAAGGGGGCCCAGGGGACCAGCGUUCAGCAUACAGAGGAUCCCGCCGGCCUCUGAGUUCCCUUGGUAUUUGUUGAUCCUUCUUGGGUGUUUCUGGGAGAGGGGGAUGUGUCAGGGUCACAGGAUAAUAGUGGAGAGGUCAGCAGAUAAACACGUGAACAAAGGUCUCUGCAUCACAGACAAGGUAAAGAAUCAAGUGCUGUGCUUUAGAUAUGCAUACACAUAAACAUCUCCAUGCCUUACAGCGCAGUAUUGCUGCCCGCCUGUCCCACCUCCAGCCCUAAGGCGGUUUUCCCCUAUCUCAGUAGAUGGAACAUACAAUCGGGUUUUAUACCGAGACAUUCCAUUGCCCAGGGACGGGCAGGAGACAGAUGCCUUCCUCUUGUCUCAACUGCAAAGAGGUCUUCCUUCCUGUUUUACUAAUCCUCCUCAGCACAGACCCUUUACGGGUGUCGCGCUGGGGGACGGUCAGGUCUUUCCCUUCCCACGAGGCCAUAUUUCAGACUAUCACAUGGGGAGAAACCUUGGACAGUACCUGACUUUCCUAGGCAGAGGUCCCUGCGGCCUUCCGCAGUUUUUGUGUCCCUGGGUACUUGAGAUUAGGGAGUGGUGAUGACUCUUAAGGAGCAUGCUGCCUUCAAGCAUCUGUUUAACAAAGCACAUCUUGGGCCGGGCGCGGUGGCUCACGCUUGUAAUCCCAGCACUUUGGGAGGCCGAGGCGGGCAGAUCACGAGGUCAGGAGAUCGAGACCAUGGUGAAACCCCGUCUCUACUAAAAAUACAAAAAAAAUUAGCCGAGCGUGGUGCAGGCGCCUGUAGUCCCAGCUACUCGGAGAGGCUGAGGCAGGAGAAUGGCGUGAACCCGGGAGGCGGAGCUUGCAGUGAGCUUGAGCCAAGAUUGCACCACUGCACUCCAGCCUGGGUGACAGAGCGAGACUCCGUCUCAAAAAAACAACAAAAAAACAAAAAAAACAAAGCACAUCUUGCACAGCCCUUAAUCCAUUUAACCCUGAAUUUGACACAGCACAUGUUUCAGAGAGCAUGGGGUUGGGGGUAAGGUUACAGAUUAACAGCAUCUCAAGGCAGAAGAAUUUUUCUUAGUACAGAACAAAAUGGAGUCUCCUAUGUCUACUUCUUUCUACACAGACACAGUAACAAUCUGAUCUCUCUUUCUUUUCCCCACACAUAUCAGUUCUCUUGUCCCUAAGUGAAGAGGCACUCGCUCCCUCUAAACCCAAUUCUAGGUGACUAGAGAUUUAUGAAGGUGUCGGGAUGUUUGUUCAUGAUGCGUAGUGGCCUCAUAGGGUCUCCCUACUUCUUCUGCAAGAAGAACACCUUCAGGGGCUUUCAGCUCAGCCAGAAGAUUCACAUAAAGGUUGGUCAUCUGGUACCUGGAGCACUCUGCUAACACAGGUGAUCAUAGAUUCUAAGACACGUAAAAGAGUGAAUUACGACUCACUGGUGACUCAUUGAGGAGUGAUGCUCACAAAGCAACACACUUCAUCUAAAUACACUGUACCAACCUUGGUCGCUUUUGAAAAAGUAUUUCUCCAAUUAUGGGAAACUGCUCAUCAAAACUGAGCUUUCCCUUAAGGAGCAAACCCCCCUACCCUUCGAAACCUAUGGAGAUCCUAUUUCCAAAAACUUAGGUAAAUGGACCCAGGUCACUCGAGACGACCCUAAAAUGCAAUGGCCAAAACGGAGAUCUUUUGAAAUUCCUAAAUUAAUAUAUUUGUGUGCACAAUAGGAAACAAUAUAUGUUUGUUCUAAAACCAGACAAAUUGGAUGGGAGGCCUACUUUCUGUUUGUGCAGGCUAUACUCUGAUAAGAUAUUUGAAAGGUUUUUUAAAAAGAGCUCUAUAGGCGAAGCACAGUGGCUCAUGCCUGUAAUCCCAGCACUUUGGGAGGCCAAGGUGGGCGGAUCACCUGAGGUUGGGAGUUCGAGACCAGCCUGACCAACGUGGCGAAACCCCAUCUCUACUGAAAAUACAAAAAUUAGCCAGGCAUGGUGGUGCGUGCCUGUAGGCCCAGCUACUUGGGAGGCUGAGGCAGGAGAAUCACCUGAACCUGGGAGGCGGAGGUUGCAGUGAGCUAUCAAACCACAGCAAACUCCAGCCUGGGUGACAGAGUGAGACUCCAUCACAAAAGUAAGUAAAUAAAAUGAACUCUAUGGUCAGAUGUCAGCUUAAUUAAAAGCUGAUAUUCAUUUGCUUUUUUUUUUAAGAAAAAAUACCUUUCUGCAUUUUCUCAUUUGGAUCCUGUUUCUGGGAAUUUUUUUUUUCUGUUGACUGAAACUCCCUUUUACAUAUGUUUAGUCCCUUUGUUUGCUUCUUGUUAGUAUGAUGUAAAGUUUAUUGGCCUUCUGAAAAACUUAAAAUCUCUCCAAAUUGGCUUAGA